AUAAACUUACAUAUAUCUAUUUUAUCAUUUCUAUAUCGAAAUACUUCUUUUUUAUUUGUAAUAAAAGCAAUGAAAGUGACGAAUUAAUUAUAUUCCAUUCGAGUUACAGUAAUCAAAACGAUUGAUAAGUAUCGUAAAGAUAUAAAUUUGUUGAUCUGUUUCACUUAAUCGAGAUGAAAUGAUUAUGCAAUAAAUGUUAUUUUUAAAUCAACAUAAAAUGAAACAAUGUAAUAGUGUGAUACAUUUUCAAUUAUUUCAAAUAAACAGAUAUAUACAUAUAUAUAUAUAUAUAUAUAUAUAUUGUGCAUAUAAUGUUUAUACUUCAACAAUUAUAUUUAUUAAAUCAAUAUUAAUAAUUAAAUGUGAAUUAAUUCAUUAAAUAUAUGAAUGUUAUCUAACUUCGACAAAAGCGACACAGUACGUCGUGCGGUAUGUUUAUAGACACAUUAUUCAGAAAUGGAAAUAAAUUACGACGAGGACGUAUCUCAAAAUCCAUUUUUAGAAAAACUUAGGAGUUUUUACGAACCAACUUUACGAUUAGCUGCACAUGAAGGUUGGAUCGUAUGCGUACCUCGUCGUGGUACUUUCACAAAAAAUGUUUUGUACAAAGAAGAUGUAGAAGAACAUAUUUUGAUACCAGAUUAUGAUAUGUCUAAAACUUCAUUUCGUUCUUUAAGCAAUAAGAAUGUGAAGCUACUAAAUAGAAUAUUAACUAUAAAUUAUGAAACACCUAACUCAUAUCCUUUACGUUUGCUUUUUGAGGAAACGUUUUAUAAUGAAGAUUCGUGGAAGUAUCGAAUAUGGUGCAUAGAAUGUCCUAUAAAUUGUGAAACAUUAUCGUCUUAUAAUAAUCUGACUAUUGUAACGAAUCUUCAGGAUGCUACAAAUUUACUUUGGUCUGAAAUUAAUGAUAAAGCCUAUACAACCUUAGAAGUGAAUUUAAAAGAAUUUCAAAAAAUAUAUUUGAACCUAGAAAAACCAUCAAUAGAAACAUUGAAGAAUUCUGUCUUUCAAUUAUACUCAAACUGCAUUGAAACGAUACUAAAGGAUAAAAAAUUCAAUGAUACAAGUAUUACCUCCACAUAUCUCAUUCAAAAUAUAAAAAUUGCAGUUGAAACAUAUAUAUUACAUACAUUAAGAAAAAUUCUCCCAAAAUCAAUAUCUAUUUAUACGGCUGAUGAUGAUGCUAAUUUGAAUAAAAUAAUAAGGAAUUUAGCUGAUUUGAAAUUUGAUGAUUUAGGAAUACAUUUAGAUCUGUGUACUAAUAUUCACAGAGGAAAAUUAGAAUUAUCGCAUAUAGUUUGUUACAUGACUGUCUUAGAAAAACUUGAAUGCCUUAGAAGAAGUAUUCGUUAUAUAUCUCAGGGAGUAUCUUCUAUUACAUCAGAUGAUUUAUUACCUAUACUAGUAUACCUUGUCAUUAAAACUAGUUUAUCAAAUUGGAUAGCACAAAUAACUUUCAUAAAACAUUUUCGCUUCUCAGCAAGUAGCAUUAAUGAAGCAGAUGAACUUGCUUAUCUAACAACAUCUUUAGAAGCAGCGAUAGAAUAUAUAAAAUCUGGUGCAUUAAUGGAAAAAAAUAGAAUGAAUCAUAUUUCUGAUUCAGAACAAAAAGAAAAAAAUGAAAGUGAACAACGCACAUCCAUAGAUUAUUUAUUUACGUGCAUAAUGAAAGGUGAGUUAUCAGAAGUGGAAAAUUUAUUAUCAUCUGAUAUUAUCAGCUUGUAUAAUCAAAUUCCAUUAUGUCACCCAUUGUGUACUUGUGAAUCCUGUGAAGUAUCUUUAGCUAAAAAUCGUCUUUUAAAUCGACCGACAAUAUCCUCGAAGAAUGAACAUGGUUCUACAGCCCUUCAUAUAGCAAGCUUCUAUGGAAAAGUAAAUAUUGUGGAUUAUCUUUUAAAUAAUGGAGCUGAUACGAACGUAAUUAAUAAUGAUUCAUUCACACCUCUUCAUUGUGCAUUGAUGAAAGGCUACCAAAAUAUUGUAUUACUACUUUUACAUGCAAAUGCAAAUCCUAUAAUAGUGGAUAAUUAUGGAAAUACAGCGUUACAUAUAGCUUCUGACCGUGGACAUGAAGGUUGUGUGAAAGCUUUACUUUACUUUGCAGAACAUACAAACUUAUCGCUUAACGUUAAUUCUCUUAAUAUCGAUGGCGAUACACCGCUACAUCGUGCAUCUAAAUGGGGAUAUUUAGGUAUCAUAGAAGUUCUUCUAGAAUACGGAGCAGAUUGCAAAAUUAAAAAUAAAUGGGGCCAAACAUCUUUCGACGUUGCACAAAGUGAACGAGUAACGAUAUUAUUGCAACAUAUUACGCCAAAUGUUGUAGUUCCUUGUACAGUAAAAGUUCAUCACUCGUUACCAAUUUUACAACUCUCUCCAAAAACUGAAAAUAAAUUAAAAUCCAAAUAUUCUUCUAACAUCCACAUGACUGUACAAAUUAAUAAAUUAUUCGCUGCAAUUAGCGAGGGCGAUAUACACUUAGCAAAUUAUUAUCUUGGAUGGAGUAAUCAGAAUGAACAAAUAGUAGUACGAUCGGAUCUUUGCCAUCCACUAUGUUGCUGUGAACGAUGUGCUCCAAUACAUGAAUAUUCGGAAAAAAGAAACAAAAUACCAGCAAUCAUUUUUAAUUCUUACAAUAACAAUGGCGAGACAAUUUUGCAUGUAGCAUCUACCGUUGGAUCUUUAGAAAUAAUUCAAUUACUUCUAGAUGCAGGAGCAGACGUUAAUGUAACAACGAAAUUUGAGGGUCGCACACCAUUACAUUUGGCUUGUUCAGCUAAUAAAAUACAAGCAGUAAAAAUAAUUUUAGAUUGUGCAGCAUGCAAUAUAAAUGCCAAAGAUUUAAAUGGGGAUACUCCUCUUCAUUUAGCAACUAAAAAUGUUGAUACAAAAUUAAUGGAAUUACUAAUUAGAAGUGGUGCUAACGCAAACAUUCGUAAUUUACAAAACGUAACACCACGUUCAGAGCUUGAAAAACAAAUGUCUAAGGAAGUUGCACUUAAAAUAUUAAAAUGUAACUCUUUAGAAUAUCCAAGUCAUUAUUUUUCAGGAAUUGAUUGAUUGAUUAACAGAUAAAUAAUGAAAGUGCCGUCACUACAAAUUGAUAGAACUUAGCUAAAGCGAAUAGAUGCCGUAUUUAUAAAUAUUAUUAGACAUUUCUUUUUCUAUCAAUAUACUGUCUAUACAUUUUAUUUUUAUAUAUUUACAUUGUGUACAUAUUUUUAAAAUAUAAAUCGCGUAAAAAUGGGUAGUAAUAUCAUUUUAUUUUUAUUUAAAAAAAAUAAAAAUAAAUGUAUUACUUUACAAUUUUAUUACUAUUUUACCACUUGUGAAGGGUCACAUAGUUUACGCACCAUUAUUCUACAGGAUACUGUAUUCCAUUUUAAGUUAUGUGUAGCAAGUGCCUUUUAACGUAAUAUCACUUUAAUUAAGUACUUGAAUAAUUAGCGUACUAUAUAAAAUUUAUUCGCAAAGUAAACGUUCCAUUACUGCAUUUCGUAACAUUCGUUUGUACUUUCUUUUCGUUCGUCAAAAGUUAUGUUGAUAAAUAAAUUUAUAAUUUAAUUAUGUUAAAUUGAUAAAAACGUUAAAUUGUAUAAAUCAUUAAUAAUUAUUAAUAAUCAAGCUCGACUUGUUGAAUCAAAUGCUUUCUUGUACUACUUUUCUAUUUUUACAAAUAAUUAGUAAUUAUUUUCGUCAUGGUUUCAUCAAUCAACAUUCUUAUUGUAUAUAGCGUUAUUAUAAAACCAUUUUGGACAAAUGAUCACAGAGAUAUAAAGGCAUUUUAAAAACAAUUGUAAUGAUCAUUAAAGGUUGAGAAAUUUCAUUUAAAAUUGUAUAACUUUACGCUAAAGCGUAAAGAUAAAUAAUUAAUAACAAUAAGAAACCUUUUUUUCAUGAAAAGAUUAGACAUUUUUGGCAUAAAUAAUAUAAUUAUUUCGCUGUAAUCUCUCAUUAACAAAAAUAGUUAUGCAAUCAUAAAUUGUUAAUCAUAAAUUUACGACAGCAUUUACUUAACGAUACAAUAUUUAUACUAUAUUUUUUUUCGCUAAUAUGUACACAUCAUUUGCACGAUAACAAUAUGUAAAUUAUUACAAUUUUAUGACUGUACAAAAGAAUUUCAAUGAAAAAAAGAUAACUUAUUCUUAUAUAUCCUAUCUAAUCAUAUCAAAUCGCACAAGUCAAUUUAUAUUUGUAUGUGCAUACGUGUAUGUUAUGUAUAUAGAUUAAAAAUGAUUAAGAUACUAGCAGUGAUUUGUUAUAACGACUACGAAAGAGAUGUGUAUCGAUCCGUGGUCUGCAUGGAAAUGCGAUCUCGAAGUAAUCACGGGACCAAUUUAUAUUUGUUUUUAUCUAAGUAUUACGCUCUCGUUACACUUGUGCGAACAUUUCAAUGUUUGGGCACACGUGGACGCUAUUAUUUUUGUCAAUAAUCGUAUGCAUAUUACCUUAUCGUAUUUAUAAAAUCACAAAAAUCUGCAUAAUAAUAAAGUAUCCGUAAUCUAACUUUAAGAGAAAAAGUUUAAUUUUUUUCUUAUAUCUUUUAUUAAGAUAUAAAAAUUUAUUUGCUCCCAGCAUUGUUAUUAUCACUAAGUUUUCGUAAAAAUUGACAAAAUUUGUAAUAAUUUCCAACAUUUUGUAUUACAAUCAGUCUCUCCAUCUACAUAUACAGAUAUUUCUAAUCGAUAACAAAAUACUUAACUUGGUGGUAAUAUCCAUGUCGACGGUUCGAUAAUUCUUUUUCUUUCUUGUUUUCUCCUAUGUCCGCGAUAUCUGUUUCUAUUCGGACUCCAAUCAAUAGUCCUAUCUUGUAUUUUGUUUACUGACAUAGAAAUUAAUUGAUUUUCUUGUAUUUCAUUGUUUUCCAUCUCACUAGGAUUAACAAAAUUAUAUUGUACAUGGUAGUAAUGUUUUAAACUUGGUUCGUUACGGAAUUUUUGCAUUGUAAUCCAAACGUGACAUAAUAAAUACGGAAAUCUACUGAGCCAA